ACCGGAAAGGAGGAGCAGCUCUUAUUGUAGCCUGAGAGCUGCUGUAAUGGCGGUGUCCCGUCGUUCCUCGCAGCAGCAACAACAGCAGAGUACCUUACAGUCUCCGCCGAGAAACAGCUCGCUUUCGGGAGCUCCUCCGGCCUCUCCGCCGAUGGCCCUGCUGACCUCGGCCGUCGGAAGCCCGGAGAAUGAAAGGGAAUGCAGCGGAGGCAUUGACAUGGCCCUGGCCUCCCCGGACCUACCAGCCCCGGUCCUAGCGAGCAGUGCGAGCUCCACCACGACAACCUCUGGCGGCGGCAGCAGCAGCGUCUCAAGUCCCGGAUCUGGAGCUACUAGUCCCACCGACGGUAGCAGCGGCAUCGGCGGGGCGUUCAGGGAACUGUUCGAGGCCUGUCGUAACGGGGAUGUAUCCAGAGUAAAGAGACUUGUCGAUUCGGUCAACGUUAACGCGAAGGACAUGGCUGGUCGAAAAUCAACUCCCCUUCAUUUCGCUGCGGGUUUUGGCAGGAAAGAUGUGGUGGAGCACCUCUUGCAGACAGGGGCCAAUGUUCAUGCCAGGGAUGAUGGAGGACUUAUCCCCCUGCAUAAUGCCUGCUCUUUCGGCCACGCAGAAGUUGUCAGCCUCCUCUUGUGUCAGGGCGCAGACCCCAACGCCAGAGAUAACUGGAACUACACUCCGUUACAUGAGGCUGCCAUCAAGGGAAAGAUAGAUGUGUGCAUUGUGUUACUCCAACAUGGAGCUGAUCCAAACAUCCGCAACACUGAUGGAAAAUCUGCUCUGGAUCUAGCUGACCCAUCAGCCAAGGCUGUUCUCACAGGUGAAUACAAGAAGGAUGAACUUUUGGAAGCAGCAAGGAGUGGAAAUGAAGAAAAGCUGAUGGCACUGCUGACUCCAUUAAAUGUCAACUGUCAUGCCAGUGAUGGCCGCAAGUCAACAUCCCAAAAAAUGCUGUCGACACCCCUCCACCUGGCUGCAGGCUACAAUCGGGUCCGCAUCGUUCAGCUCCUCCUCCAGCACGGAGCCGACGUUCACGCCAAGGACAAAGGUGGUCUGGUUCCUCUUCACAAUGCUUGCUCCUAUGGUCACUUUGAGGUCACUGAGCUUCUGCUUAAACAUGGAGCCUGUGUGAACGCCAUGGACUUGUGGCAGUUCACUCCUCUCCACGAGGCAGCGUCCAAGAACCGAGUGGAGGUCUGUUCCCUGCUGCUGAGCCACGGGGCCGAUCCCACCCUGCUAAACUGUCACAGCAAGAGCGCCGUGGACAUGGCCCCCACCCCAGAGCUUAAAGAAAGGCUCACCUAUGAGUUCAAAGGUCACUCACUGCUGCAGGCAGCCCGAGAGGCAGACAUGGCCAAAGUGAAGAAGACGUUGGCUCUGGAGAUCAUCAGCUUCAAACAUCCUCAGACCAACGAGACAGCCCUGCACUGUGCCGUCGCUUCCCCCCACCCUAAGAGGAAACAGGUGACGGAGUUGUUGCUGCGUAAAGGUGCCAACAUCAAUGAGAAGAACAAAGACUUUAUGACUCCCUUGCAUGUUGCUGCCGAGAGAGCUCACAACGAUAUACUGGAGGUGCUGCAGAAACAUGGAGCAAAGGUGAAUGCUGUGGACACACUCGGUCAGACAGCUCUUCACAGAGCUGCGCUGGCUGGUCACAUCCAGACCUGCAAGCUGCUGCUGAGCUACGGGGCCGACCCCGCCAUCGUAUCUCUGCAGGGUUUCACUGCUGCCCAGAUGGGCAAUGAGGCUGUACAGCAGAUUCUUAAUGAAAAUGUUCCCACACGUAAUUCUGACGUGGACUACAGAUUUCUGGAGGCGGCCAAAGCAGGAGAUCUGGACACAGUGCAACAACUUUGCACCCCUCAAAAUGUAAAUUGCCGGGACUUGGAGGGCCGCCACUCCACUCCUCUGCACUUUGCAGCUGGUUACAACCGAGUGGCUGUAGUUGAAUACCUGUUGCACCAUGGAGCUGAUGUCCAUGCCAAAGACAAGGGCGGCCUGGUCCCCCUCCACAACGCCUGCUCCUACGGUCACUAUGAAGUGGCUGAGCUGCUGGUCAGACACGGAGCUUCAGUCAACGUCGCCGACCUGUGGAAGUUCACCCCGCUUCACGAGGCUGCAGCUAAAGGCAAAUACGAGAUCUGCAAGCUGCUGCUCAAACACGGAGCCGACCCCUCCAAGAAGAACCGUGAUGGCAACAUGCCGCUGGACAUGGUGAAAGAUGGCGACACAGACAUCCAGGACCUGCUGAGAGGUGAUGCUGCCUUGUUGGACGCUGCUAAGAAAGGCUGCCUCGCCCGAGUCCAGAAGCUCUGCUCCCCAGAGAACAUCAACUGCAGAGACACACAGGGGCGCAACUCCACACCUCUACACCUUGCAGCUGGCUACAACAAUCUUGAGGUGGCAGAGUAUCUGCUGGAGCAUGGGGCUGAUGUCAACGCCCAGGACAAAGGAGGCCUUAUCCCUCUUCAUAAUGCUGCUUCUUAUGGGCAUGUGGACAUUGCAGCCCUGCUGAUCAAGUACAACACGUGUGUGAAUGCUACGGACAAAUGGGCUUUCACACCCCUGCAUGAGGCAGCCCAGAAGGGUCGUACACAGCUCUGCGCACUGCUGCUGGCUCAUGGAGCUGACCCCACCAUGAAGAACCAAGAGGGCCAAACUGCUCUGGACCUGGCAACGGCUGACGAUAUCCGGGCCUUGCUGAUGGACGCCAUGCCACCGGAUGCCCUGCCCAGCUGCUUUAAGCCCCAGGCCACAGUGGUCAGCGCCUCCGUCAUCUCCCCGGCCUCCACACCAUCCUGUCUGUCGGCCGCCAGCAGCAUAGACAACCUGGCCGGGCCGCUCACUGAGCUGGCUUCGGCUGCUGCCGCCGGCACCUCCGGGGUGGCAGAUGGAGCCACGGGCACGGACCGCAAGGAAGGGGAAAUGACAAUGCUGGACAUGAACAUAAGUCAGUUCCUGAAGAGCCUGGGCCUGGAGCACUUAAGGGACAUCUUUGAGAGGGAACAGAUCACCCUGGAUGUGUUGGCAGACAUGGGUCACGAGGAGCUGAAGGAGAUUGGAAUUAACGCCUAUGGCCACCGACACAAGCUUAUCAAGGGUGUUGAGAGGCUGCUGGGCGGCCAGCAAGGUGCCAACCCAUACUUGACAUUCCACUGUGCCAACCAGGGCACCAUCCUGAUAGACCUCGCCCCCGACGACAAGGAGUACCAGUCUGUGGAGGAGGAGAUGCAGAGCACCAUCCGAGAGCACAGAGACGGGGGCAACGCUGGUGGUGUGUUCAGCAGAUACAACAUCAUCAAGAUUCAGAAGGUGGUCAAUAAAAAACUGAGGGAACGUUACACACACCGGCAGAAGGAAAUCGCAGAUGAGAACCACAACCACCACAAUGAGCGGAUGUUGUUUCAUGGUUCCCCGUUCAUCAACGCCAUCAUCCACAAAGGCUUUGAUGAGCGCCAUGCCUACAUAGGAGGGAUGUUUGGAGCAGGGAUCUACUUUGCAGAGAACUCUUCAAAGAGCAAUCAGUACGUCUACGGCAUCGGUGGAGGCACAGGCUGCCCGACGCACAAAGACCGCUCCUGCUACCUGUGCCACAGGCAAAUGCUGUUCUGCCGAGUGACCCUGGGGAAAUCCUUCCUACAGUUCAGUGCCAUGAAGAUGGCCCACGCUCCCCCAGGACAUCAUUCAGUAAUCGGGCGGCCCAGUGUUAACGGCCUAGCCUACGCUGAAUACGUGAUCUACAGAGGAGAGCAGGCCUACCCAGAGUACCUCAUCACCUAUCAGAUCCUUAAACCAGAGAGCGCAGCCCAGUCUGCUGCAGGAGCCGAGCAGAAGUCGUAGUUAUGUUACGUCACACACACACACACACAUACACACACAAGGACUUGAUGCUUGUUAUUUUCUCCUUUGUAUUGCAAAUGCCUGAACACCUUUUCUUUACCAAGCACAUUUCCAGUCUCCUGUCCAGUAGAACCCAUGGUGACCAGUGCUUUGUGAGUGGAUAUGCUGUAUAAUACUCUCCUACUCGUGGUGAUGACACACUUUUUUUUUCCUUUUCCUUUUUUUUUGCAUCGGCUGCAUGUUAAUACAGAAGCAUGUAAGGCCCAAUAGCGUGUGUGGGUUAGUUCUCCCUCCUCCUCACCAAUCAGGAGGAUGCUCUUAGAGACUAUAAAGUAUCAGCAUUAACAGUUUUCACUCUUUGUCGCCUCAUGCCUUGUGACUGUGGAGAAUCACCGACCCUUCACCUCUACACACACAAACACACACUGUCUCACUGUCAAAAGCCUGAAAUCUGUGGACUACUACUUCCCCACUGUAUCUGGGUUCAUCCUGUACAGAAUGGCCUCUGGUAACUGUGAUUUUAAUGCUAACCUAUAAUAACACUACCAAACAGGUAACAGUGCAUUGUUGCUAUGCUGAAAUGCUGACUUUCCAAACUUUGACCCUAAUAACACUACAGACACUGACUGAACUGAAAUGUUUUUUAGUGGUUUUAUUCAGGGCUGGACACAUUAGAUUGAGAAAGGGCUCUCUGUCAAAUCACAAGAGACUAUUUUAUUGUCAUUACAAUAUUGAUUUGUAUGAGAGAGGAUGUGUGAUCAGUAGCUUAAUGCAAUGUAAGGCAUCAUAAUUACACAAGACGUGGAUGUUGUACAUUAAAAGCAUUAUAUAUGACUGUGCUUCAAACAGUAGAGCUGGUAUAUGUUGAAAUGUACUUGUGAUGCCUUACAAGUCAUCAAGGCACCCUUCUGUCACCAUGGUCUUACUCACAGACAUCCCACGCAUAUGGAUUUGCACUUUUACAUAGAAACCUAUUUAAGUUAUUUUGAAUUUAAAUUGCAAAUAUGCGGGAAAAAAAUAUUUGUACAGGUUGUGUAAAUGGUUGUGUAUAACUGUUGCUGUUUAACAGUAUCUUUGAGUUAAACUGUAAAUGACAUCUGAAUUUUUUUUCCUUUCAUGCCUUCUUGAUUCUCCCAACUUUUUUUUAAAUAAAUGUCCC